AUGGGGUACUAUGACUUUUCUCCAUAUAAAUUGCCUAUUUGCACCAUGGGAAAGAGGAUAUUUUCUUCUGAAGCCAGAAUAAAGUUUCAUAACUUCAGGUCAGCUCCAGCUCCCACCCAAGGUACUGGAGGUACCACCAAUCUUGGGGCAGGAGGGCCUCCUUCCACUGCCAGUGUGACAAGCAACAGACGGCUGCAGCAGACGCAAGCACAGGUGGAUGAGGUGGUCGACAUCAUACGAGUGAAUGUGGACAAGGUUAUAGAAAGAGACCAAAAGCUGUCACAGCUUGACAAUAUGGCAGAUGCAUUACAAGCUGGUGCCUCACAGUUUGAAACCAGUGCAGCCAAACUGAAGAGAAAAUACUGGUGGAAAAACUGCAAGAUGAUGAUCAUCCUUGGUGUAGUAUGUGCAGUCAUUCUUAUUAUAAUUAUAAUUUAUUUCUGCACUUGAACAAGCGAUGAGGGAAGGCUUGGCAUGGCAUGGCUUUGUUCAUAUCAACCAACAGUAUCAACAUUCCCUCAUUGAACUCUGCUUUUUAAUUCCUGGUGUCUCGGGGAUUUUUGCUUGUAAUAACUCGUAAGCAUUCAAUGUAGUGUGUUUUGGUAUUAUGUUGUUUCCACAAGAAACUGUACCAGCUAAAUACUGCCAAGUAGUUCUAUACAUUGUAUUAUUAUCACUGUGUCUUAAAAUGUGUCCACACUGACCUUCAGAAAUCGUGAUAUAUAUGAAAAACAUCCUAAACUUUUUAGAAUUAUAAGAGCAGUUAUGGGAAAAUGUCUUGCUUAAAGGGACUCUGUCAGGUUGAUUAGCAUUAAAAUUAACGUUCUGUUAAAUAUUGAAACAAAUUAUUAAACCUGGGAUGCCUACACUUAGGCAGCAAAAUCCAAAGCCAGACACCUGAUUUUCAUGAGUGGCAAGUACAAGCUAAUUCUGUUGAAGUCAGUAGUACUUGCAGAUGUUUGCCAAACUUUUUUUGUCAAGCUACUUUGUAUUUAGGGGCUUAAAUAUGGAAGCUGAAGCCUAAUUUUAGUCAUGCAAGUUUGCAGUGUUGGUCAAAGAAAAACAAUGGGAGUAUGUUCCUGAAUUUAAAUUCCCUUGAGGAGUUUACCAUAUAAAUGCUAUAGCAUUGUGCUAGGGUAUGAAAGCUGAAAGAGAACUAUAUAUUAAGUAUGAAUGACUGUGACUUGUGCAUUUCAAUUGUCCAAAGCAAGUGAGAAGCUAAAAUUGUACAAGCAUCAUCAUGACAAAAAAUAAUUGGAUAGUCUGGCAAAAACUUAUACACAUUUGACUUUAAGUACAUGAGCUGGCUAAUUGAAGCCAGAGGAGUUCCGCAGUCAGAGAACUGCCUAUAUAGAUCACUUUGCAGGAUUGCUGCAUUUAUCUCCUGGUGGCCUACAAAAUAAGAGAAGCAGUCAGUGGGGGUGGGAACGGUGGCAGGAACAGGGCCUAGUUUGUUCUCCUAAGAAAGGUUCUAUAGAAUGAAUGAGGCAAAGGAGUGCUGAACCAUAGCAUUAUUAUUAGUAUGGCAGGUAAAAUAGUCUACUUAAGGAGUUGUCUUCAUUAUGCAGCAACCACGUAAUUGUGCCAGCAGAACUCUGGUGGCAGAUCCCCCCGCAAUGGAGGCAUGGCUUAUGGUGGCAGAAGAGGCAUUUCUACGGACUUAACCAUUAGCUUCCUGAAUGACAGACACUAAGGUGCAGCUGUCCUGUGUGGAUAGCUGCACACAGAGAAGCUGCUUUCCCUGUAUAGCUAGCUGGCUGUGAUGUCAAGCCGCAGCCAAGGGAACAGUAAUGCUGGCAAAAUUUUGAAGUGUAGGUCUGAUCUAAAAAUAUGUAUGUAUAACUUUCAAACUGAUAGCAUCCCCUUUAAAAAGGAUUCUUCCAAGCAUUUUUCAUACUCAGAGACUCAGUAUUUAUACUACCCAGGAUAUAACAGUCUUUCUGCAGUGGAAGCCUGAAAUUGAAAUAUAUUUUCUUUUAAAAACUGUUUUCAUUGCUUAUUAUUGUACAGUUGCAAGGGGUUUUGUUUGUUUUUUAAGUUCAGUAGUUUUUUAACACUGAAUAACGUGUUCUGGAGAGGGUGAGACUGCUACCGAGAAAGAAGGAUACAGAUGUGUUUUUUCAAACAAAUAAAAAGAUCCACCAGAAUGUCAUGCCUGUCAGUCCUGAUGGGGUUCAGUUGACACCAUGCUAGACAGUAUACAAAGACAGUAUCCGCUGAACCCCAUCAGGACUGAUAGGCACAACAUUCUGAUAGAUCUUUUUAUUUUCCAAUUAAAAAUAAGAGUUUUUUUCUAUUAAUCUUUAUCUUUGGCUGCUAUUUAGCUGAACUAUGUAAACAUGGCCAAUUCACCUGUAAAUAGCCUCACUGUAAUCCAUCUCUACCUAAAAAACACAAGUCAGUAAGCCAAGCAGUGUACGUAUAAAUGCACACAAUAUAUUGCCAUGCACAUACAUAUAAACUGUGCUUAAGUAUAAUUCUGCAGAGAAAAUAAGCAAUGACUAGUUGAAGGGCUCAGUUACUUUAUUUUUGCUUUCUAUUUAUAGAUUUAUUUUUACAUGUACCAUUUGAUAUUGAUAAAUAACAGAUGCCUACAGCCUUAAUGAAAUGGAAAUGUCAUUUUGAGAGCUACUGAUGUAUAACUGAGCUUAAUGGUAUAUCCUGGUUAUUUCAAUCCUUCAGUUUAGAGAAUCAGUGCACAAACAAUUUAAAAAGCCUCUGGACCAAGGAUAAAGCAUUUUUUCAUUUUUUGAAGUUGUCAUGAGCUUGAUCCUGCAAAGUAUUGCGUUUCACCCUGUUGAAGGGGUGACUCAGUACCUUGAAAGUCAAGACCCUCACUGAAGAGAAAAGAGAAGCAGUCCAGCUUCAGAGGUUUUAUUUUUCAACUACCAAAAACCUGUCAUUAUUUCAUACUGGUUGACAGUAUGAAAUAACUAUCAGCUGAAGGCCACAUUCUGCCACUCUUACUCAUGUUUAGUAGUACCUUAUCCAGAAAAGAGUAGUUUGCACUAGUGAAAUUAUAUAUAUGUAGUAAGGUUGCCAACCCUCCAGGCUUGGUCAGGAGUCUACCGGAAUCAGCAUCAAUCUCCCAGUGACUAUUGAAAGCAAUCCAGGAAAUUUUAAUAGGAUAUUUUAAGAAAAAAAAAAAAUCUUAGAGAAAAACUUCAGGAAAAAAAACUCCCAAAAUACCUUCAGUCAAAGUUGGCAACCUUAGUAUGUAGCUAUGCUUUUGCAAAUAUCUAAUUGCAGCACCAAAACAAAAUGGGGCUUAUCAGGGUAAGUUGUCUUGGUGCAACUAGGAACAUGUACUUAUGUGGUUACAAAGGUUCAAGCUCUCUCCCUCUCCCAUACAUACAGACUACAAACACAGGAUGAAUCACUGCAGGUUUUGAGUAGGAUGGCAGAACUGGGUUCUAUAAUGAAAGCUUAAAGUAAGUUGUCCCAGGAAAGGGAAUAACCAAAACAGAUGCUUUAGGCAAGGGUGGAGAGGGAUUACUGGUGCUCCCUAUUAGCUCACGCACAUUGUAUACUGAUACUAAAAAAUGUAAUUGUAAAUUGUGCCUCAAGGAUGGUGGAAUGCGUACUCACUCUCCUAUAGGAACUUGUCUUGGUUUGCCCUCUUGCCCUCUGUCGUGUUUUCUAAUGGGGAUGAUUGCCAGACCUCAGCAAAUAAUUCACAAAGCAGUUUAGCCAACAAAUGUAGCUUCUAGCGUCUUGCAGGAUGUCUGCAGACAGACAGAAAUGUCCUUAUGCUUGUUAAUGGAAUGUAUUACACGGAUGCGUUUUACUCUGUGUAUUCAUCACAAAUAGUGAUCUUGCAGGUGUUCAACAUUUGCUAUUUGUUCACUACUGAUCAGUAUGACUGGUAAGAUAAUUUAUGUGGUCUUGUUUCCUUUUAUAGUUUGAUGAAUAAGUAACCACCCCCUUCCCUGCCCACUAGAGCUCUAUCCUCAAAGUUCAUGUAGACUAGACUGUUAAUGGUUUCCAAAUGGGGGGAUCAUGUUACUCAGGCUGUGUAAGAUGGGACUACAUGAUACCAUAUAUGUCUGUAUUGUGCAAGCCCCAUAAAAUCCUCUGUGUAUAGAGUGCAGCGGGUUGCAGUCUAUGGAGCUACACAAAAACAUAAUUGGAGUAUUGGAGCCACUAUUUAUUUUUUUUGCUUAUUGUCUUUAAAAAAAAACAGAUGAAAACCUAAAUCAGUGUAGAACUCAGGCUACCUAGUCUAACACCCAAUAGUAGUGUGUUAACUCACCCUUGUAUAUAUUUGAAGUUAUUUGUUAGAGCAGUGGUCCCCAAACUUUUUUGAUCACGCACCCCUAUCAGUAAAAAAUUUCUGAGCACG